AUGCAAUCAUCGCAGGAUGAGUCCAACAAUUGCAUGGUACGGUGGUAUAUCGAUACUCGGGACCUAACAGCGACCACCUCAUCCCUCCCUCUACUGGAAACACUCCAGCCAUCAGACCAGGAGUCGGCCAAACGCUUCUAUCACCUGAAAGACAAGCAUAUGUCCCUUGCGUCCAAUCUGCUGAAAUAUCUUUUUAUCCACCGAACAUGUCGCAUCCCAUGGAGCCAAAUUACCAUCAGCCGAACGCCAGCACCGCAUCAUCGGCCUUACUUCAACUCUGCAGACUUCAUUCAAACUGCAGCUACAGCCAAGCCAAUCCCAAGCAUCGAAUUCAACGUCAGCCAUCAAGCAUCCCUGGUCGCUCUCGCAGGGACUAUUUUGCCGCCAUCAAGCAAUAAUAACUCAAUUGCGCCUACCAAUGUUAUUACAAACCCCAAUCCCGCCUCCACGCCCCUCUCAUCCAUACCCCAGGUAGGGAUAGACAUUACCUGCGUGGACGAGCGCCGCAACACCACGGAAACUAGACAAGCGUUAGAAGACUUCGUCAGUAUCUUCUCUGAAGUCUUCUCCCAGCGCGAGCUGGAUACCAUUAAAAGCUUGCACGGGGUACCUUCACAUAUCGGCAACGAGGACGCCCUUGUGGAACAUGGGUUCCGGUUGUUCUACACCUACUGGGCGUUGAAAGAAGCAUAUAUAAAGAUGACAGGGGAAGCAUUAUUGGCACCGUGGUUGAGAGAAUUGGUUUUCACGAACGUUCUUGCGCCGGAGCCUGCAGGCCGGGACCUAAGAACCUUAGGUGAGCCGUAUACUGGGGUUAAAACAUGGCUGUAUGGAAAGGAGGUGGAAGAUGUGAGAGUUGAGGUCGUUGCAUUUGAGAAGAAUUAUCUUAUUGCUACUGCGGCAAGAGGGGGUGGGAUUGGGCGGGGAAGUGGAGGAGAUGGUGCAGAUCCAUGGCAGCGGCUGCAGAAGAUUGACAUUGAGAAAGAUGUUAGACUUUGCGCGACAGGUGUUUGCCAAUGCUUGAAAUAG